AUGAUCGCAAAAUCUGUAAUGAUGCACUUCACAACUCUCCUCACGGGCCUUGUCCCGCUCCUGUCCGUCACCGCCGCCAUCCCAACGGGGGGUGAGAAUCCAACUUCUACAUCCGUGUCCAAGUCUCUCAUCUCGCAUUCAAGCUCUGUCUCUGCCUCAGCUUCCCCCACCCCCUCGUCUAACCCAUACGAGGCCUAUACAUGCCCCAAGGAUAAGUUCAAGUCCUGCUGUAUGUCUGUGCAGCAGACGAGCUCGGACAUAAUCAAGGAUCUCGGCGAGUUGGUGCCAGUCCUCGGCGGGCUGCAGCUUAGCUCGGCUAUAUCAUUCCAGUGCAAGAACAUGACCGACCAGGAGGCUCCUGAUUCCUGCAACGAUCAAGGUUAUGCCCCCAUGUGUUGCAACACCGAGAAUGAUGGCACCGGAUUCAACGCCUGCAAGCCUUUCGAGGAGGUUAAGAGGGCUUACUACGCGAACCAGAUGAAGGAUAAACCCGAGACACAGGCUGAUAUGAUCAUGGACAUUCUCACUUAA